UUUCAGUUUCAUUUUGCUGGAAAUACGCGAGGGUGUGUCUGUUGUUCUUGUAAGAUUUUUCCGUAGAUACACUAGUUUAUCAUUUCAACAUUUCAAUAAAAGUCAAACAUUUGUAGGGAAAAAUGCCAAAUUUAUCGAAAUUCAUACAAUUAAGAGGUUUGGAAACUCAAUUAAUAAAAAGCACAUUACGUCGCUACUCAUCGGCACCAGCCAAUGCACAAUUUCGUGAAAUUCUCUCCGAUCAAAUAAAAUCGAUUAAAGAUGCUGGCACAUUUAAAUCAGAACGCAUUAUCACUUCAUCCCAGAGUACGCAAAUUACAGUCGAGGGCAGCAACAAACAGAUUUUAAAUUUCUGCGCCAACAAUUACUUGGGUUUAGCUAAUCAUCCUGAAGUGGUGAACUACUCACGCGAUAUAACUGCAAAAUAUGGUGCUGGUUUAAGUUCUGUACGUUUCAUCUGCGGUACUCAAGACAUUCACAAGAAUUUAGAAAAGAAACUGUCCCAAUUCCACGGCCGCGAGGAUACCAUACUCUAUGCUUCGUGUUUUGAUGCCAAUGCUGGUCUCUUCGAGGCCAUUUUAACACCCGAAGAUGCUGUAUUUUCCGAUGAAUUGAACCAUGCCUCCAUUAUUGAUGGCAUUCGUUUGUGCAAGUCCCAGAAACACCGUUACAGGCAUCGUGAUUUAAGCGAUUUGGAAAGCCAAUUGAAAUCUUCAAAUGCUCGCAUUAAGUUAAUUGUUACCGAUGGUGUCUUCUCUAUGGAUGGAAACAUUGCUCCUCUAAAGGAUAUUGUUGCUCUGGCUAAACAAUACAAUGCUUUGACAUUUAUCGAUGAAUGCCAUGCUACUGGUUUCUUCGGUAAAACGGGUCGUGGUACUGAGGAAUAUUACGACAUUAUGGGCAGUGUUGAUAUUAUCAAUUCCACCUUGGGUAAAGCUUUGGGUGGUGCAGCUGGUGGCUAUACCACCGGUCCUAAGGAACUUAUUUCAUUUUUGAGACAAAAAUCUCGGCCAUAUCUAUUUUCGAAUACCUUGCCACCAUCUGUUGUCGCUACCGGCACAAAGGUUAUCGAUAUGUUAUUGUCAUCCAGUGAACUUACCGCAAAGGUGCAAACCAACACCAAACACUUUAGGGAAGCUAUGACCAAGGCUGGUUUUACUAUUGGUGGUGAAAAUCAUCCCAUUUGUCCCGUCAUGUUGGGUGAUGCCCGUUUGGCUUCGAUCUUUGCUGAUGAAAUGUUAAAACGUGGCAUUUAUGUGAUCGGUUUCAGUUUCCCAGUUGUACCCAAGGGCAAGGCUCGCAUUCGUGUACAAAUUUCUGCAGCUCAUACUAAAGAUGAUAUCGACCAUGCCAUUUCCGCUUUUACGGAAGUUGGAAAAUCUCUUAAUGUUAUUCAGUGAAAUUGAAAUGAAACUGAAUUCAAAUUGGCUUUAAGCUAUCUUGUGCAUUUAUUUUAUGUAGUUGUUGUAUUAGUAUCAAUAAAUUUAUAAAAUAGUUUGGUGUUUAACCAUA